AUGGAGGCUACCGCAUCUAUGGGACUGCAGGGUCUCAAUGGCGUAUCCUACGAUUUAUCACAGCUUGACAAUUACUUAUCUCACGCAACUACAUACGUCAACGGUAACCAACACUUGCAGCAUCCAUCAUUGCCAAAUGAAAGGAUAUCUGGAACUGUCGACCUGUCAGAGCCCCCGGCUAAGCGGCUUCGCCGCUCUCCCUCGUGUAAUGAAUCAAAUGAAUCGAACGGCGAGACAUCCAGUCCCGCCGCGAUUAUCGACCCAUCAACAAGGCUUCAAGAUGUCAAUGGAGGCCUCGAUAGAGUCGCUGGCGGAUCUGAGAGCGCGGAUUCUAUGACACAUGACUCAAAUGAGGAUACGAGUAAUAUACUUAGUGGCUCAGCUACAUCCGUGUCAUUGAUGUAUGAACCCAGUCAGAAAAACUCAACUCCACCGUCAACUGUCAAUAAUGUGCCGUCCUCGUCGUCUAUUACGUCUGACUCAAAAGGGCUCAGUGGCAAUACAGACUAUGCCAGAUAUCGGCCAAGGUCGUCCAUACCUUCUAAGCUCACAGCUGCCGUUUACGCUCAGCAGUGCGUUACUGCCGCGUAUGCAUGCAGACUCAAUCCCUACUCUCUGCACAAGAAGGAACAAGAAGCACUCCAGGAUCAUUUGUGUCAUCUGCAUGUUACAGCUUAUCUGAACAUAAGAAACGGAAUCCUGCGCCUCUGGACGCGAAACCCAAUGGUCAGUGUCACAAAAGAUGAGGCUCUAGGCUGCGCGAAAGAUUAUAGGUGGAUGGGAUUGGCUUCGUUUGCCUACGAAUGGCUUGUACGGAAUGGAUACAUCAACUUUGGUUGCGUUGAAAUACCACCGGCUCUAGUUGCCCCUAAAAAAGGAAGACGCAAGGACGGCCCAGUCAUUGUUGUAAUUGGAGCUGGGAUGGCAGGCCUGGGUUGCGCAAGACAAUUGGAAGGUCUCUUCAAGCAAUAUCACGAUCCAUUGACAUCGCCGCGGGUUGUCGUAUUGGAGGGAAGGCGAAGAAUCGGAGGCCGUAUAUAUUCUCAUCCUCUACGGAGCCUUCAGUCAUCGAAGUUAGCCCCAGGAGUUGUACCCAAGGCCGAGAUGGGUGCGCAAAUAAUCGUCGGUUUCGAGCAUGGAAACCCAUUAGACCAGAUAAUUCGGGGCCAGUUGGCGCUACCCUAUCACUUGUUACGUGAUAUAUCGACUAUCUACGAUAUUGACGGCUCGGCAGUUGAUGAAGUUCAGGACGCCAUGGAUGAACGACUGUACAUUGAUGUUCUUGACCGUUCCGGACUCUACCGUCACAACGCUGUUAUUGUACCUACCGCUGAAGGAGACAGGAGAUUGAUAGACUCCGGCCGCGAUCUAACAAUGAGCGACGGUCUCACCGUAAGACAAUACGAAGAGGCUCGCGCCGCUGGUACCGUUGAGCUUUUGUUCCCCAAUAAAAAGGUGCGGCGAGGCGUGGGCCACAAAACAGCGGACAUCAAAGCAACUAUUCCCCCUGUGCCGACCGAUCUUGGUCCUGCAGAAGAACAGCCCGCUGCUCUUGCUUGUCAAGCCAUGGGAUGGAAGCUGAAGGAUGGGGUCCCUCCAACAGCAUCUCUGAACCUAGAUCCUGUUGCCAAAGCUUCAAUGUGGCCAACUCUGGGCGCCGUAAUGGACGAGGGGGUCAAACAAUAUCAACGCAUGCUCCCUCUUACACCCAAAGAUAUGCGCUUGAUCAACUGGCAUUUCGCAAACCUGGAAUACGCGAAUGCUACAAAUAUUGGCAAACUCAGUCUCUCUGGCUGGGACCAAGACCUGGGAAACGAAUUCGAAGGCGAGCAUUCGCAAGUCAUAGGCGGCUAUCAACAGGUACCCUAUGGCUUGUGGUCGUUGCCCACAAAACUUGACGUUCGAACGAACAAGAUCGUGAGCAAGAUCGCCUACGACUCGACGGGCUCGGGGAAGCGGAAAACUGUGGUUCAUUGUGAAGACGGCGAAUCGUUCGUUGCAGAUAAAGUGGUUUUCACUGCGUCACUUGGUGUCUUGAAGCAUCACUCGAUAGAAUUCUCGCCACCUCUCCCUGAUUGGAAGCGUGGAGCUAUAGAAAGGCUCGGGUUCGGGGUCAUGAACAAAGUGAUACUCGUAUUCGAGGAGCCCUUCUGGGAUACUGAGAGAGACAUGUUUGGGCUGCUGCGGGAACCCAAGAAUCGAGACAGCAUGGUGCAGGAGGACUAUGCUGCCAAUCGAGGUCGAUUCUAUCUCUUCUGGAACUGCAUGAAAACAACAGGCCUCCCAGUUCUGAUCGCCCUGAUGGCUGGCGACGCAGCCCAUCAGGCGGAGUACACACCUGACGGGGAAAUCAUUGCAGAGGUGACGAGUCAGCUUCGGAAUAUCUUCAAGCACGUCGCUGUACCUGAUCCGUUAGAGACCAUCAUCACGCGGUGGGCAUCUGACAGGUUCACUCGAGGAAGCUACUCCUACGUAGCUGCGCAGGCGCUACCAGGCGACUAUGACCUGAUGGCGAAGCCCGUUGGCAACCUACACUUCGCAGGAGAGGCCACAUGCGGCACCCACCCAGCCACCGUCCAUGGUGCCUAUCUCUCCGGUUUGCGAGCUGCAUCAGAGAUCAUCGAGUCCGUCCUUGGACCUAUAGAGAUCCCGAACCCCUUGGUUCCCGAAAAGGGCAAGGCAAUCGAACUGGGCACAUCAGUAGCCACGGCACAAAAGAAAAAGGAACCGCCUUGCUCAAACGGGUUCUCCGCCCCCGUUUCUACUUCCGCACAUCCCACCGACGCAUCAGCACCCGCACGAUCAAACAACUCCUUCUCCGGCGAUACGGCGCUCCGACAAGCCUACGAACAAGCCAUGUGGGCAGCCAUCCACGCCGAGCUAGGUCCGCCCGAACCCCGACCGGCGCGAACUGGCCUCAACCCCUUUCUCCUCUACCAGAAGGACUACUGGGGUAAAGCCCGCGCGCAAUGCGAUGAAACCAAACAAGCCACAACCAAGGACCCGAAUGCCAAAGCGGCGCGUGACGAAAUCCGCCAGGCGUUGGGUCUCAUGUGGCGGCAAGCCAGCGAAGAGGAAAAACGACCGUAUAUCGAACAGACGGAGGUCAACCGGCAGACCAACACGGAGAUCUGGGAUCGAUGGAAGCAGAAUACGAAGGAGUGGGAAAGGAAGUCGCUCGAGAUCAAGAAGCGGUGGUGCGCGGCCAAUCCGUUCGAGACGUGGCAGCCGCCGGCGAAGAGGUAA